AUGCAAAGAGGCAGAUUUCUCAUUAACUUGCCCGCUUGAACAUAUUAAUGUGCAUAUUCUCCCCUCCUCUCUCUCCCUUGGCCCCCCUUCUCUCUCCUGCUACCUCGCGCUCUAUCCCUCUCAGCUCUCUCUCACUCGCUUUCUCUUUUUCUCUCUUUUUCAUUCUCCCGCUCCCUUCAUAUCAGAAUCGCACAGAGCGGUGUCCGUGUGGGGAGGCGAGAAGCCAAUGGAACGAGGAUCCUAUAGAAGAUGCAAAUGAUCCUGAAAACACACCGCAAAAUAUGAAACUACUCGUUUGCAGCCGAGUAAAUCAUAGAAAAUCGGUUGGGAACUGGCAGCGGAAUUCACCAGGAUUGUGAUGCUGGAACUCUACAGUGGGAACAUGCUUAUGGAAGCUUUAGAUAAGUUGUUUUAACAAAGGUAUACGAACGCAAACCGUUCAGAUAUUGGAACUCAACGCUUUGCUGCUGCAUUGUUUGUUACCUCAGUAACUGUGAAACUGACAACUCUCUGAAGCUACAGCGCUGAUAUAAAGACAUACAAAAGCAAACUCUUGAACAAAAUCAGCACCAACAACAACAUCAAAAGAUGAGCUCAUAUUUCGUCAACUCUCUCUUCACUAAAUACAAAAGUGGAGACACUUUACGACCGAACUAUUACGAGUGCGGAUUUGCUCAAGACCUUGGGACGAGACCCACCGUCGUGUACGGUCCAGGCACCGGGGCCACUUUCCAGCAUGCCCCCCAGAUUCAGGAGUUUUACCACCACGGCGCGUCCACGCUCUCCGCAGCGCCGUACCAACAAAGUCCCUGUGCGGUAACUUGUCACGGCGAGCCGGGAAACUUCUACGGUUAUGAUGCUCUCCAGAGGCAAACACUUUUCAGUGCUCAAGACGCCGACUUGGUUCAGUAUAGCGACUGCAAACUCUCCACGGGUGGCAUCGGCGACGAGACGGACAACGCAGAACAGAGUCCGUCGCCCACACAGCUGUUCCCGUGGAUGCGACCUCAAGUAGCUGCCGGACGGAGGCGAGGUCGCCAGACCUACAGCCGCUAUCAGACGCUCGAACUCGAGAAAGAGUUCCUCUUCAAUCCCUACCUAACGCGCAAGAGACGAAUUGAGGUAUCACACGCUUUGGGACUGACAGAACGACAAGUCAAAAUCUGGUUUCAAAACCGUCGCAUGAAAUGGAAAAAGGAAAACAACAAGGACAAGUUUCCAAGCAGCAAGUCUGAACAAGAGCAGAUCGAAAAAGAGAAACGGGAGAAAGAACAGGCAUCCGGGACACAGUCUGCCGGCGAAGACUGCGACAAGGAAAAACAAAUGUAGAGCGGAUGCGUGAGUGUGUGUGAGUGUGUGUGUGUGUAUGAGUGAGAGGCCGAGAGGGAGAGAGAUGGAUGGACAGAGAGAGAGAGUGUGUGUUUGUGUGUACGUGUGCCAGUCCAUCUAAACGGCAAAUAAUAAAUACGGAAAAUAAAACACAGACAAUGAUGAAUAGAAUAACGGUGUUUGCAUGGGAGGUUUGUCUCACAGAGACAUUUUAAUCAAGCCGAGUUGUUACAUCUUUCACUCGAGGAAGGAACAGAAAAAAAUGACUGGGACUAGAACAGAUGGGACUGGGACAAAUUACUACACUUAAUAUGGUGACCACAGAACUUCAGGAAGACGAAGGACAUGGAGCAUUUCUACUUUUUACCUGUUGUUCAGAGUAGUGUUAAAGCUAGUCUCCUUUCUUUGUGAAAUAAUUAUCGUGAAACUUAUGUUUCUAUUGUUAGGAUAUUGUCAUUAACAAUUACCUUGGCAGCUGUAUAGUUUUAAGUUAAAUGGUGCACUUUUAACUGUUCUCACUUAUAUGUUAUGAUGAUGAUGAUGUAGAAUUAAUGACUUCCAACAACAUGAAACUGCCUAUUUAUGCCGUAGAAUCUCUUUUUACACUUCUUUGGUUCUUCUUAAAUCAAUGUUUUUUUUUUGUUGUCUUCCUUUCUUGGGGUAAGCAUGCGCACAGUGGAUAAUAAAAAUGAAUAAACAUAAUAAAAAAUAAAUUUUAAAAUGAUGUCAUGUGACCCAUUGUUUACAAUCAUUGUUUGCUGGUGAAGUAGUUUAUGAGAUGACUAUAUGUUUUGUUGUCAUUCUUAAUUGUAUUUUAAUGUCUAAAACUGGAGGCAGUGGAAGAAAGUGGACACAAUAAAGUUUACAAGCGAGAAUCCGUGA